AUGUACGACCGAUUUGGGGGCGAUCCAGAAAGCCGCUUUGGCAACGCCUCGGCUACUGGCUCAGCUCAUCCAUUUGCACAAUUUCAAGGCGGCGGCGCACGCAUGAGACCUGGAAUGGGUCCGGAUAUUGACCCAGAGGACCUCUUUAACAUGUUCUUUGGCGGUGGCAUGGGCGGCGGUCCGUUUGGAUCUACGCCUGUCUUUACAUUUGGUGGACCAGGGAUGCGCACGCAUUACUAUCGGCCUGGCGCAGGCGCAAGAGCAAGGCAGGCUGGACAACAGUCCGCUCAAAGUAAUCAAACAGCAAUGUGGUUCCAGUUACUGCCACUGCUUAUCCUUCUGCUCUUCACCAUUCUCUCAUACCUCCCCAACCUUUUCAUGGUAUCAGAUCCAGACUUCCGUUGGCGUCCCACGUCGUUGCAUCGUGCGCAACGCACGACUUUUGAUCGUGGAGUUUCAUACUAUGUCGAUCCUGUUGCUUUUGCGAAGCAUCCGUAUGUCACAGCAACGACAACAUCUACGCGCCAAGGGGGCAAUGUGCAGCGAUUCUCUCGCGAAAAGAACUCGCCUGAGCUGCGCGCUUUUGAGCGUCGUGUAGAAGAGUCAUGGAUGAAGGAGCUCUAUCGACAGUGUGAGAGUGCCCAGGAGUACAAAAACCGUCGCAUCAUCGACGCUCAAGGGUUCUUUGGAUUCGGCGCUGAUAAAGAAAAGGUGCAGAAAAUCCGGUCUGAAGUAUAUGAAAGCUGUGAACAGCUUGAACGUCUGUAUGGUAUACGAUUCCGCUAG